GAGGCUGCACUUUUCAGAGGAAGGCACAACUUGUCAGAGUCACAACAACAAAGGCGAAGGAACGGGGGCAAUCCAGUCUGAGCUUGAACUUGAAGGACGAAAUACAUGCAUCCAUAUAAGUCUUUGCUCGCGGGACCUGUGCUUUGAUUUUUGGCUGCAACAACAACAACAAAAAUAGGAAAAUUCUGCAAAUUUCAUUGGACAACAUUUGGUCCUUAUUACUGAGCCAUGGGAAACACGGUGAAGACGUAACACAGGUGUGUAACAACUAUCCCGAGAACUUAGGGGCGGCUCUAUACCGAGAGCCAUUUGACUUCAACGCCGAGCCACCUUGGGAUCCUAGCUGAUAGUGGACGAGUUCGUCUCAGGACUUAUCCAUUUUGUUGCAGAAGACUAGAACCCCAGGGGCUCGGGGAGUGAGCGAGCAAGACCACUUCAGAUUAGCCAAAUUCUUUAUGCCUGUCGGAUUAGAGGAAAACGGAUGAGAGGAUGAAAGGUAUUGCUGAUGAACCACAGUAUUCUGUCGGCCUGCUGGAGGGCGGCGCGGCACUCGGCGACGUGAUCGACAACCACAUUUAUGAACAAACUCUGUCUGAGAAGAAUGCAUUCUUUGUAGCCGACCUGGGAGUCGUGAUGAGGCAGCACGUUCGCUGGCGAACGCACAUGGCUCAAAUUCGGCCCUACUACACAGUCAGAUGCAACAGCAGCCCGGCUGUCAUUGAAGUUCUCGCCGCUCUGGGCACUGGAUUCAUAUGCACCAACAAGCUUGAACUGGAGCUGGUGCAGAGCCACGGUAUUCCCUCUGAAGACAUCAUCUACAGCGGUAUCUGCAAACAGGUCUCCCAGAUUAAAUAUGCCGCAAAGAACGGCAUCGACCUCCUUGUGUGUGAUAAUGAAGCGGAGCUACGCAAGAUUUCCCGCUGCCACCCCAACGCCAAGCUGCUGCUGCAGGUGUCAUCAGAGGCCUCCAGACCCGACGACGAGUUUAGCAUGACAUUCGGCUGCUCCCUGAAGGACUGCAGGCAUCUGCUGGAGAGAGCUAAGGAACUGGGCAUGCAGGUCGUAGGGGUUAGGUCUCACAUUUCCAGCUCCUCUGAAGAUGACAAGGUGUAUGUUCACGCCAUCUCUGACGCCCGCUGCGUCUUUGACAUGGGAGAAGAAAUUGGCUUCGACAUGAAAAUCCUGGACAUCGGAGGGGGCUUCAGUGGCUCUGACGUUCAACUGGAGCUGAUCAAUAAUGCAGUCAUGUCGAUGGUGGACCUCUACUUCCCUCUCUCCACUGGUGUUUCUGUCAUCGCUGAACCAGGCAGCUUCUUCGUGUCCUCUGCCUUCACCUUGGCAGUAAACGUCGUCUCCAAGGAGGUGGUGGCUCGAGAUCGCCAGGACCAGGCACACGAUGAUCCGUCUCCCGACGACGAGCCAGAGUUCCAGUACUACAUGAACGAUGGAGUGUACGGGUCGUUUGCCAGCAAACUCUCUGAAACGCUGAUUGCUGCUCCGUCUGUUCACAAGAGCUCCUCCUCCUGCUGCUCCCUGGACGCGCCAGUGUUCAGCAGCAGCCUGUGGGGUCCGUCCGGGGACGACCUGGACCUGGUGGUGGAGCACUGCUUGUUACCCGAGCUCAACAUCCGGGACUGGCUCGUGUUCACCCACGCCGGGGCCUACGGUCUGGGUCAGCCGUUCUGCACCGCCACCGACUCGCCCCCACCCCCUGUAUACUAUGUCAUCUCGUCCAGAGACUGGUUUGAAAUGCAGGACGUCGGUGUCACCCACGAGGCCACGCUGAAGAACUUCUCAUUGGUCCCUUAUUUCCUCAACUCCUGCCAAACGGAGGCUGCGCUCUCUGUCCCAGCAUAGAAACCAUCAGAAAAAUGGCUGUCACUUCCCUUACCGGUUACUGCUGCUAGCUUCAUCUCGUCUGGCGUUCUGCUGGGACGCGCUAAACUAACGGCGCAGAUAGCGCUUUAAUAUCGCCGCCGGGUCCACAUUGAAUUAAUUUCCCAAACCUUUGCGUAAAAGUGUGUAAUGUGCAUAGAACCUGGAAAAGCCCAAGUAAAAAAAAAUUAUGCUUUUCUUCCCUUUGCUUUGGGCGUCCCAUGGCACUACAGUUUACACUCAUACAGUAGACAUAUAAUGAUUUUAAAUAAUUAUAUUUGACAAGUGUAUUAUCUGUGUCCAAUCGCUGCUGCCGAUCUUGUAAAGUAAGAUAUAGAUAUAUCCCAGAGUGAAGCGGUGUAUUUAUAAAUAAACACAGUUCUGAGACCUUUGUAUGGUGCUUUGCCUCGAGAUGUGUUUUUUUUAUUUUUGUGAUUUUAAACUGGUUGUAUAGUUUGUUGUGUGUGAUGAAAAGCGUGAUUCCAUUACUACAUACAAAAUGUGUUGUACUUGUCAGUGUUUUAAACUGAAAGGCUUGCGGCACGAUACAGCUGCACGUGAACUACUACAUCUGUUGGACGCAGCAGAUCGAGCUGGUGUGAUCCAUGUGCAUUUUUUCCCCACUCCUGGAAAAAUGAUAAAUUUGUUUUGUGCUCUGUGGCAUGUGGUAGGAAAGCGUCGUUUAGUGUUUGUUGCCGAGGUGAGUUUGAUUCCGGACUAGCGGAGGACCAGCAGGUGUCUGCUAGUCCACAACCGAGCAGAGCACGUGCUGCAGAUGGAACAAGGCAAGUGUUGAUGGGUAAAGAAUCUGCCGUUGUGGAAAAAGGGGCUUUUCUUAAAUUAAAUUAUAACUACCGGCUAGAACCAAUUUUUAUUUUUAUCUUUUGUCGUAUGUUUGAAAAAAACGUGUAUGACUGAGUAUCAUGACAGUUCCUGACUCUGCUAGUGUCCUUGCAAAGUGUGUAUCAUCAUCAUAUCUGUGAAGUCGUCUUCCAGUCUGUGUGUAAGGCAUGAUGAAGUGUCAGGCAUCUUUGCCUGUUAUUAAAAUUGUAGCUGUGCUUGUAGACCAGUAAUAAACACCUCACUGACUGGAUUGUGAA